CCCCCGCCACUGGUAGUGAGUAUAAAAGGGCGACGCCCGCUGGCCCUGCCCGACUUGCUGGAAUAGCAGGACCGCAAAGCUUCUGGGCAGCCCCCCCCGUCUGGCAGGAGAACCUGCACCGAUGCAUGCGACUCCGCAGAAUGCCUGAGGAAGGAGGAGUAGAAACAGGAUGCACUGGGGAUUGGUGAGUGGCACGUUUCACCAGCCUAUCCCUGCUGCCUCCUCACUGACCUGCAUAUGGCUGAUUUGCCUGAUCCCGCCCUCCUUCCCAGCCAAGCCAGCCCAGCUCCCUCUGAUUGGCCGCAAGCCUUUUGUGGCAGCCUGGAAUGCCCCCUUGGACGUUUGCACCACCCGAUACAACGUGAGCAUCGACCUUAAGAUCUUCCACAUGCAUGGUAGCCCCCGUGCCGUGAAGACGGGCCAGGAUGUCACCAUCUUCUAUGCCAACCGGCUGGGCUAUUACCCCUUCUACACGGAGCAGGGCACCCCCGUCAACGGCGGCCUCCCACAGAACUGCAGCCUGGAGUCCCACCUGCGCAAGGCCAGUCAGGACAUCCGUCAUUAUAUCCCUUCUGGAGACUUCAGUGGCCUGGCUGUCAUCGACUGGGAGUACUGGCGACCGCAGUGGAGUCGUAACUGGCACCUGAAGGACAUCUACCGCAGAAAAUCACGGGAGCUGAUCCAGGGGACUUACGUCAACGUGACGGAGGCUGAGGUGGAGGAGCUGGCGAGGCACGGGUUCGAGGACAGCGCCACAGCCUUCAUGAGAGAGACUCUGCAACUGGGCACGCUCACUCGGCCCCUAGGCCUCUGGGGUUUCUACCUCUACCCCGACUGCCACAAUUACCACCUGCACGAGCGUAACUACACAGGCUCCUGCCCCCUGCUGGAGAGUAUACGCAACGACGAGCUCCUGUGGCUGUGGAACAGCAGCACGGCGCUAUUCCCCUCCGUGGCCAUUAGAAGGCGCCACACAGACAGCCCCAGCAACCUGCACUUCUCCCGGUGCCGGGUGCGUGAGUCUCUGCGCAUCGCCGGCCUCCCGUCCCUGGACUACGAGCUGCCCGUCUUUGUCUACACACGUCUGUGCUACCGGGAUGAACCUCUGGCCUUCCUCACCAUGAAGGAUCUGAUCCACACCAUUGGCGAGAGCGCUGCCCUGGGUGCGGCCGGCUUCGUGAUCUGGGGUGACCUCAAGAUGACAUCCUCCAGACUGCCUGAAGGUGAAAUCCUUCGUGCACCGCCAGCUGGGCCGCUACAUCGCCAACGUGACUCGGGCGGCGGAGCUGUGCAGCCGUCUACUGUGCAGGAGCAGCGGCCGCUGCGCACGGAGGGACCCGGAGGCGCCGCACUACCUGCACCUCAGCGGUGCCUCCUACCGCAUUGCGGCCGCCGCGGACGGAGGCUUCACCGUCACGGGCGCGCAUUCGCCGGCCGAGCGCAGGCUACUCGCCGAGCGCUUUCGCUGCCGCUGUUACCGGGGAUACGGCGGGGAUCGGUGCGACCGGCGCCGGACCUCGGGAGCGACAACCGCCAGGGCUUCGCCUGCGCUCGUCCUGCUCCUCGCUGCCUGCGCCUUGCGCAAUGGAGGUUGUCCCAUCUUUAGUAUAUUCCGGCAACACAUACUUUUUAAAAAGAAGAGUUUGUUUUUAGUCUGUUAUUAAAUAUUAAAAGUACCAAACGGAUGGCAGAUUGUUGUUCAGAAAGUACAUGUAGGCCUGCCUGCGGUAUUACAAAAUUACAAGAGAAUACGGCAAUUUCUGUAGCAUCAGUACGGAAAUUAUUUAUAAUUUAUUUUGGUUAAUUUCUUAUUAGGAUCCCGUCGCCUGAAUUUAGUGUGUGUGUGUGUGUGUGUAGAGUUUGCAUGUGCUAACUGUGUCACAUGGGUUUUUCCCUCGUUGUUCCACAACAUGCAGGUAGACGAACUGGCACCCAUGAGCUCCCCCUAGCGUCGACCUCUGUAUGUGACAUGUGUGUGGUCUAUGAUGGACACGCAGCCCAUCCAGUGUGUAUUCCUGCCUUGAUAGAAUAUAGGAUAAACAGUUUG